GCUUCAGCUCUGAGAUCAAACCCUUCACACCUGAUAGAGCUGGAUCUCACAGGAAAUGAUCCUGGACAAUCAGGAGUGAAGCAGCUCAAUGAUUUACUACAGGAUCCAAACUGUCAACUCAAGACACUGAGGUUUUUGAGUCCUGCUGCAGAAGAAGCCUGUAAAUAUCUAAAUAAAGUUCUUCACACUAAAAACCCAUUACUCCUGAGAAAGCUGAAACUGAGUGGACGUGAACUAGGAGACACACAAGUGAAUCAGAUCGCGGCUCUACUGCAGGAUAAACACUGUAAACUCAACACACUGAUGUUGAAGAAUAACAGGAUUACAGAAAAAGGUUGUGCUGCUCUAAUUUCAGCAUUUAAUUCAAAUCCUUCAAACCUAAAAGAGCUGGAUCUGAGUGGAAAUAAACUAGGAAACACAGGAAUGGAGAAGAUCUGUCUUCUGUUGGAAAAUCCUCAAUGCAAAUUGGAGAAACUGAAACUUUCAGACUGCAGUAUCACUGAAGAAGGUUAUAAAGCUCUGGCUUCAGCUCUGAGAUCAAACCCUUCACACCUGAUAGAGCUGGAUCUCACAGGAAAUGAUCCUGGACAAUCAGGAGUGAAGGAGUUCAAAAAAAUACUACAGGAUAAAUUGACCAUCAGGUUUUUGAAAAGUCCUGCUGCAGAGGAAGCAUGUGAUUAUCUUACUAAAGUUCUAGGCACAAGUCCAUUAUUACUGAAAGAACUGGAUCUGAGUGAAAAAAAAUUAGGAGACCUGAAUGGAGAGAAACUCUCUGCUCUUUUGAUGGACUCUCAUUGCAAAGUGGAGAAAAUAAAGCUGAAUAAUUGUAAGCUGACAGAGAAAAGCUGUCAAGUUCUAGCUAAUGUUCUCUCUUCCAAAACAAUCCUGAAAGAAAUGGACCUGAACAACAGUCGUCUGCUGGACUCAGGAGUCAAAGAGAUCUGUGAGGGACUGAAGAAACAUGUGUGUGAGCUGAAGAUACUGAGACUUUCAAACUGUGGUAUUACUGAAGAUGGUUAUAAAUCUCUGGCUUCAGCGCUAAAAUCAAACCCUUCACACCUGAUAGAGCUGGAUCUCACAGGAAAUGAUCCUGGACAAUCAGGAAUAAAGCAACUCUGUGAUUUUCUACAGGAUCCAAACUGUCAACUGAAGACACUGAGGUUGUUACAAAGUCCAGAUGCAGUAGAAGCCUGUAAAUAUCUGAAUGAUGUUCUUCACUUAAAAAACCCAUUACUCCAGAGUGAGCUGAAUCUGAGUGGACGUGAACUAGGAGACACACGAGUGAAUCAGAUCGCUGCUCUACUGCAGGAUAAACACUGUAAAAUCAGCACACUUAAUCUGUGUGGAUGCAGUAUUACAGAGAAACAGUGUCUCAUCCUGACUUCAGCUCUGAAAUCAAACCUUUCACACCUGAGAGAGCUGGACCUCAGUGGGAAUAAAAUCAAAACAAAGGAGUGAAACACUUAUGUGACAUACUGAUGAUUCAUGCUGUAAACUGGAGAGACUGAGUCUAAAUGACUGUGGCAUUACAGAUGUUGCUUGUUUGGCUCAGACUUUGGCUGAAAAGAAUGCACUGCAGUUUUUAAAAGAGCUUGAUCUGAGUAACAAUAAAAUAGGAGACUCAAAGCAGCAGCUCAUUGAUGUGCUACGAAACUCAAACUGUAAACUGAGCCUGGAGGAAGAAGUUUUGC